GAGUAGCUGAAUAUAGAAAACGGAAGUAGUGGGAUAGUGUACUUCCGAUAUCUAUGACGCGUUUAGCCUUGAGUUGUGUCCUUUUAACAAUCUUCUCCAUUGUUUAUUAAUCUCGUAUUUCCGGUAAAUGGGGCGUAUGCCUUAAACAUUAAACUCAAUUCUGCUGUAUUAAGUUCGCCGAAUUAAGAUAAUGUAUGCCAUUUAAAAUAGCAAGAAGAAAGUCGAGAGCUGUUAUGAAUUACCAGCAACAGUAAACGACAAUGGCUCAACACAGACAGCAGGCAAAAUCAGAAGAUGGAAAUGGAUCGGUAUGUAGCAGUCAGAACACGGUCAAAAAGAUACUUCCGUCCGUUCCCAACACCGAAACACAUCUGAAUACUUCGGUGAAGAGGAUAGAAAGAACGACAAAUAAUACCAAAGCGAACAAGAGUUACGGUCCAUAUUUUCUCGAAUAUUCUCUGAUGGCUGAGUAUGUUCUCUUGCAAAAGCAGCAGCUGCCUGGCUUGUAUGUUGUUCCCUCUGCUGGAUCAGCACUAAAAUGGUUUGGUGUCCUUUUUAUUCGUAAUGGUCUCUACCAGGGUGGUGUAUUCAGGUUCACGUUAUACGUUCCUGAUAAAUACCCGGAUAGUGAUCCGCCGUUGCUGGUGUUUGAGCCGCCAAUCUUCCAUCCGAUAAUCGACUACACAACGGGAGAAAUGGACAUCAAGAGCGCCUUCCCCACAUGGAACGGAUCUCUUUGUAAUAAUCCAAAGAACGUGAACCAUCUUUGGCAAGUGUUGCAGUACGCGAGGAGUUCCUUCUACAAAAUCGAAACACAUUCACCAUUAAAUCAAGAAGCUGCUUCAUUAUAUGAAAAGGAUAUCGAACUGUACAAAUUAAAGGUAUCAGAAAGCAUCAAUCUGUGUAAUGAGAAGCUCUAUGAUCGUCCAAACACGGAUGAUCCUCACGCCAUACAUUUCAGUCCGUGGGAAUCGGCUGUACAUGAGAAUCUCAGAAAAAAGCUGACAGGAAAAAAGAAAGAAGAAGAACAAGAAAGCAAAAACGUGCAGAGCGGUGGACUUUCUUGGGUUCAAAAUGGGACACUUAAAAUAUUUUCAAAGUCUGUAUCGUGAAACAUUUAAGA